CGCCCCGGGCCGGCGCGGGCGCUCGGGCUCGGAGGCGGGGCGAUGUCUUCCCCCAACCGGGCGGCCAAGCAGGCGGCUGCCAGUCUCCACCUGCCGGUAAAUCCCACCACCGGAGAAAGGGUCGCCCAGUACGAACGCGAAGACUCCUCCUUAGAGUCGGUGGUGGCGGCGGCGUUGGCGGCGGCCGUGGAGGAGGAAGUGAAGAGUGGGAAGCGGCCGGCGCAGGCGUCGGCAGGUUCUAACAACGUUCCUGGGGAGGACAAAAGUGUGGCCCUAGAAGACAUUAUGAACUUGGCUGAUAUUUACAACUCGGACAAAGAGUAUUUCAGGAAGCUAAAAAAGCUGAAGGCUGCCCAUGCAGAAUCCAUGGCCAAACUAGCGAAAAUGUACAAGGACAAGCUAAAUAUAAGAGAACUUCACCCAGCGACCACCAGGGAGGAGUCCUCUAGCGCCUCCUGUAGUUCUGCAUCGGAAAAGAACCGCCCACCUCCUUUCUUGCUGGUGACAUUUUCAGAACCUGACCUAGGCCGGCCACCCUCCUUGUCCACGACUUCUGACGAGGAGCCGCCCAGCCUAGAGAAAGAGACUCCCAGGGAAAGCAGGAUGCGGGCCUACGCCAGGGAGCUCAUCAACAACAUGUGGAACGACUUCUCUGUUCGAGACUAUAUUCAGAAUGACUCUGACUUCAAAACACCUAAGAAAACAAGGAAGAAGCCCAAAUCCUGGGUGCCCAGGAUUACAGUGCCUGUGCCCUUUCAAAUGGUGGUUAGAGACCAGAAGAGGAGAGAGGGAGCCUCCAAAGCAAGAUCCGAUCUGGAAAUGAGGCAGAAGCUGCCCAAGAGGGAUGAGGAUGAGGCAGAGUGUAAGAAGAAGUUCCGAGCCAAUCCUGUCCCCUCCCGCAUCCUCCUUCCCCUGUAUGAGGAGCUACUGCGCGAGGAGGAGGAGCGGAGGAGGAUCGCCAAGGAGAGGAGCAAAGCGGCACUCCUGGCCGCCCAGAAGCCCUUUAAGUUCAUGGAUCGGGAGGAGCAGAAGCAAGCUGCCCGCGAAAAGCUGCUGAGAGACCUUUUUAAGGCUAAAAGGAAAACCAAGCGGUUUAAAGCCAGACCUGUGCCACAUUUCAUUUACAGGCCAGUUGCAAAUUACAAGUCGGCGGAAGAGCUCUCUAGGAACACCAGGAUGCAGCCGAAGGCCCGAGACCAGCCGCAGGGUUGGUCUAGGUCCUAUCGGCCAGCUUACAGACAAUUCAGGGUCCCCAGAAGUCCUGGAAGGCCCAGACACAGGUGUCGGUGCUGGAGCCCGGAUGAAGACUACACGGGAGACGACUCUGAGAAAGGGCGGGGACCCUCGUCUGCACCGAGCUUCCUGAGCGGCUCAAUGUUUUGCAAACAUUGUAGUCUUCUCAAACCCCGGAGUGAGAGACAGAAAGUCCUGGCCGACAAAAGAGCCAAUGAGGAAACGCUGAAAGAAACACGCUGGCCUUAUCCGUCGCCGAGACGUGAGUCACCGGCACGAAGUGUGUGUGCCAAUCCCAGGCCUUUGCAGAGCAACCCUCCGAUGCCCACCGUGUCUUCCCGGGGCCGGGAGCAAGCCAUCAGGAAAUCACUUGAGGAAAAGAAAAUCUUGGAAGAAGAGCGAAAUCGGAUCCUAACUAAACAGAAGCAAAGAAUGAAAGAACUGCAGAAACUCCUGGCAACCCGGGUUAAGGCUUAUGACUCACACGAGAGCUUAGCGCAGACGCUUAAAUCCAGAGUAACCAGUCUCAGAAAGAGUGAAAAGGCAAGGAUGAACGAAUAUCGGCGAGAACUGGAGGAACAAGAUGAAAAAUUACAAAACAGGCUGAUGCUGUUUGAAAGAGUUGCCCAGAGGAACGCAAGGAUGGCAGCAGAACAGCAUUACUCUAACACGCUAAGAGCACUAGGACUCUCUGAGGAGUUUGUUUCAGAGAAAGGCCAAAGUGGGAAGGUGUCCGGGACCCUCACCAGGCGAGAGCUAAGAAGCUGCACUGCGGACAAAGAAAGCUCUCCUGAAGAAGAAAGCGCGAACGAGGAAGAAAACUGUCUUACUGACACCAACAGCCCGGACUCUUGCAGGGAAAGCAAGGAAGAUGUUAAGGAAAGUGGAGACGAAAAUUCUCAAGGAUGAGCCUGAAUCCCAAGAUGGCCCCUUCUGGGUGCAGCCUCGGGACCUCUGCGCCUGCACGUGGGGUGCUGCACACACAUGUAGGAACAGCUCUCACAUAUGCAGGGAUGCUGAACCAAGACUCCAUGCCUGGAGAGGCUGAGCCUACCCGACGCGCGACUUGACUGCUACAUUGCAGCUUUGCCUGCUGCAGUUUUGAAAUGGCUAUGUAU